CUCGGGACAUCUGCGCAUGCGCGGCUCCAUACAGCUGCAGCCAACAACAACAGUCUGCACGGCGGCUCCCCCCUCAUUCCAAGAUGGCGGACCUCCUGGGCUCAAUCUUAAACUCGAUGGAAAAGCCUCCGACAGUCGGCGACCAGGAAAGCCGACGAAAGGCUCGAGAGCAAGCAGCAAGACUCAAGAAGAUGGAGGAACAGGAGAAAAGAAAGAAAGCAGAGUUCAGGAAAAAAAUGGAGAAAGAAGUGUCGGAUUUCAUUCAAGACAGUGCACAACAGAAACGAAAAUACAAUCCUAUGGGGAAGAUUGAAAGGAGCAUAUUACAUGAUGUUGCAGAGGUGGCUGGUCUGACUUCUUUUUCUUUCGGGGAGGACGAGGAGAGCCGUUAUGUCAUGCUUUUCAAGAAGGAGUUUGCUCCGUUAGAUGAGGAGCUGGAAGCUUAUCGCAAAGGAGAGGAGUGGGAUCCCCAACUGGCAGAGCAACGGCGCAGACUAAAAGAAAAGGCUGCAUUGGAAGAAACAGAAUCCAGUAAGACAAAGAAGCCAGAAACGUGUCCCAACUCCAACUACAGAGACAAGUACAGUCACCUGAUCGGCACCUCAGCUGCAAAGGAUGCAGCACAUACACUAGAGGCCAACAGCACUUAUGGCUGCGUGCCGGUGGCCAAUAAGAGGGACACUCGCUCCAUAGAGGAAGCCAUGAAUGAAAUCAGAGCGAAGAAGCGGCAGAAGCAAGAGGACGACUCAGGGGCAAACAACAGCAGCACCUCUUGAGUCUCCACCAUAUUUGCUCUCAUCUGCUGUGUGCAGGUGUUUGGCUGUGUGCAGGUGUUUGGCUGUGUGUGUGUGUGUGUGUGUGUGUGUGUGUGUGUGUGUGUGUGUGGGUGUGGCAGCGUCAGUGUGUGUCCACACGGUGUAAUUCAUCCUAUAAUGCAAUAUCUUGUACUUCAGGCAUUUGAGAAGUAUAACUCAAAUGACGAGCCUUCAGUCCAGUGUAUAUACCACUGUCCGUCUUAGACUGUGUUGAAAUCAUGAAAUCCUGUUUAGUGGAGGAUGCUCAGAUAGGCUGAUCCAGGAGGUGGAUUUCCAUUAGGUUUAACAUUUGCUUGUGACGCCAAUUAUCAACCUGCUCACACACAUGGUUGGACCCUUUACAGUAUGAGAAACCUGUUUUGAGUAAAAAACAAUGUGUCUGGGUGUUUAGCUACUCAAAAACAACUCGACAUCUUCAUACAUCAUUUUAAAGGACAUGUUUUGGCAAUGAUUGACAGGUUUGAUACAGAUGUUUAUUUGCUGUCCUAAGUGACAUUUUAAUUAGGAAAAUUGAAAAAAGAAUGUAGGCAAUCAUGGCUGAAAAGUCAGAGUUCCAAAUAUCCAGUGUAGCUUUUAAAAGGGAAACAGGAAUGCUGUCUGAUGACCAGCUUUUGGGUACAUUUUGGGGGGUUCUAUCUCGGUCUCAACCUGUUUCAGAUCUUUGUAAUGUUGGAAGCAUGCCAUUUCCUCCAUUUUCAAGAGGAAUCUCAUUUUAGAAAAUGCUGUUUUGUGGGUUUUAGGAAUAUUUGAUUAAGUCUGAGAUUAUCUUUGUUUCAAUGCAUCUGAAUUAAACUGAUUCUCCACUCUAAAUGUUUUAAUAAGAAGCCCUUUUAUGGCUGGCAAUAUGUAGGGAACAGGAAUACUAGACUCAUUUUAGGAAUAUUGGUCGCAUCUUUUUUUGUUUGUAAAUUUGUAGGCAUCUUGGUGUCAUUUUAAUAUUGUUGCACUGUUAAAUUCCCCCAUGUGUGUUAAUAAAUG